AUGUCCAAACCAACCAACCUCUACUCUUUCCCGAGCGUGGAUGCCCUCGCCCCGGCCCUUCGCGCCUAUGUCAUCUACUGCCAAGAAGCCGGCAUCACCCGCCAUGGCGUCUUCAAGGUAGCCGUGUCAGGCGGCUCGCUGCCCAAGACGCUCGCCCAGGCCCUCCUCGCGCCUCCCACUUCAGAAAACGACACGGUCAAAUGGGACAAGUGGGAGAUUUUCUUUGCCGAUGAGCGCGCCGUGCCCCUCGAUCAUCCCGACUCCAACUACGGCCUGCUCAAGGCUGAGCUGCUCGACAAGCUGCCGGCCGGCACGCCCCAGCCCGUGGUGCAUCCCAUCGAUGUCGAGUACCUCGACGAUCCGCAGGAGCUGGCGGAUCAGUACGAGCAGGUCCUUGUGCGGAGCUUCGCCAGCCGCGACUCGGUCAAGCUGCCCAUCUUCGACCUGCUGUUGCUGGGCUGCGGGCCGGACGGGCAUACCUGCUCGCUGUUCCCUGGUCACGAGCUGCUUCGCGAGACGAGCGCUUGGGUGGCCCCCAUCGAGGACUCGCCCAAGCCCCCUCCCGUGCGCAUCACGCUGACGCUGCCGGUCGUCACGCACGCCGUCAAGGUGGCGUUUGUGGCGACGGGCGCGGGCAAGAAGGAGAUUCUAAAGGAUAUCUUCGAGGAAGGAAAGGGCCUCCCUUGUGCGCUGGUCAACCAGGGCACCGGGGAGCGCUGCAGCUGGUUUGUGGAUAACGCGGCCGUUGAGGGUGUCAGCUACCCGAGAAGGCCGUUCAGUCUAUAG